AUAUGUACGAAAAGUGUAAGUGUAAUGGCGGACUGCAAAAAUGUGGAUAUUGGACAGAAAAAAACUGCAAUAUUAAAAAACAGUGUACAGUGUAGGUAAUGUAAGUUAUCUAAGUGAUGUGCAAACAAAAUAAACCCAAAAUGUGGUAUAUGUGAUAAGUGGCUGUUGUUGUACAAGUAACAAUUUUAUUUUGGUUUAAAAAUGGCCCCAUCUCCUGAGAAUGAUAAUACUCCUAAAGCCCCUGAUAAAAGUGACAAGAGUAGAUCAGAAAGAAUUGCUACUUCGGAUAACACAAAAGAAAACGAUAAAGACGAAAAGACAUUAUCAAAUUUGAACGAUGGGGAAUUAAAGGCACUCCUGGAUGAAGCCAUUAACUACAAGAAUCCUAAGGAUAGAGAAGGGAAAAGUAAAUUGUUUAAGGAUCUUCUCAUUCAAGCCGAAGAAACUGAACGGAUCGCUCGAGCAACCAGUGCCGGAGGAUCCGAAGAGGCUCGCCAUUACAAUCCUUCGGCGGCCCGGCGCCACCACGGCCGCCACAGCGCAGGCGCUGAUGGCGGCAGCGGUAGUGGCGGACAUCACGGCGGAAGAAGACAUCACGACAGACACCGAAAACCGUCUUCCAUCUCAGAGAAUAUGAUGCACGGAGGCAGCUUGGACAAUCUGGCAAAGGAAGAACUGUUUCUGGAAUCGAGGCAAUGUUUGAUUCCGAAGAUGAAGACAGUUAGUACGAGGCAGAGAGAAGGGGGCAGCCUACCAUGUGAUGUAAACUCCAGUGUUAUUAAUCCCAACAUUCAUUCUUUUAUUAAGGAAGUAAAGAAAAGUCAAGCUGCUACUAAGGAUAAGGAAUACACCGCUACAGAUAUUGAGACAGAUUCAGAAAACCAGAGGCUUCUAGAUAAUGAUGUUUUAGGGCAAAACUAUCAAGAAUCGCAGGAGAUCACCAUUGUUCCGAGGUUUACAACCAAAGCUACCUUACAAAUUGCUGCUACUCCAGUAGAUGAGCCGAUCUCCUUUGAUUUGGACACCAUUGCUGAUAGCAAGAAACCUCCUGAACUAGUAGAUCCUAACAAGGUGCUGCACAGCAAAUAUAGUGUCUUUUUUCCUACAUAUAGAAGUACAGAAGAUAGGAAAGUUGAUGAAAAUGGAAACGCUCUCCAUCAAAAUACCAACACAAAAACCAAGAAAAAGAAAGCCCAGACAGAUAAAAACGUCGUAGUUCUUACAGCUGAAAGUGUUGAAGGCCAUCGCAGUGACAUAAUAAACGAUGUCGACAAAUUGAUCCAGUACAUCGGUGGUGAUAAAACUGAUGCGCCUUCAGGCAAAAGUUCAAAAUCGAAUGUCCACAAAUCCAAACAAUUACAGAAACAACAUGCGUCUGAAGAUUCUGGUCGAGGAAGCAGUGGUAGCUGUAAAAAGCAGCGCGCUCAUUCGUCGAAAGGAAAAGAAUCUAGGUCUGAAAUAAAGAAGAGUAAUUCGUUAGGUGAGAUAUCGACUGCCAAAUUGGACGAUUUCACCUUUGCUGCUCCUGAAAAUGAUGAUGAGAAUAAAGUGGUUUUGAGAGGGAACAAGUACCAAAGCGAUAGACCAAAGGAAAGAAGAUCGUGGGGAAAUGUUGAGGCGCCAUCUUUCCAAAUUUUGUCGAGUAACGUCUCCACUGAGAACCUUGAAACGGCUGAAAAUUGGGUCGUCACUAAGACGAAAAAGAAGAGCAAAAAGCGUCGCAACAGCAUCAGCAGUGGCAGCAGGGCCCAAAAUUCUACGUGCGAAAACCACGCCAGACAACACUCCAAUCGUGUUCCUUCUCCGGACUUCCGUGGAAAAUCUGCCUCUUCUGUGCCUCAGAGUGAAAAGUCGGACACUUCGGACGCAGAUUCCGUUCAUUCUUUACCCAUCGACGGUAUAAAUGUGCCUAUAUCGUAUGCAGACAUAGCCAAGAAUACUGAGAAAGGUAAAGAGAAGAAAACUACUCCUGAAAAACCCGAGAAAGUGCCAAACAAGGACAGAUCACCCAAACCCGAGACUGAAUCAAAUCCUAAGAAGGAAAAAUCCAAUAUAAAUAUUACUAACGUUAACAAAACUUCUCCGUCAGUGACUAACAAUAACAUAAAAUCCCCAGAGGUCCACAGUUCUAGAACUCUCCCUGCCAUACCUACCGAUUUUCCGAAAAGUGCCCAACCACCCGAUUUCAACGACGCCAGAAAUUUCCCAGCAAUGUCCGCCGAAGUUGUCCUCAAGAGCCCUCCGGUCGUCAGCGAACCACACGUACCAAUAUUUCCUGUCUUACAAUACACCGAAAACACCAGGCAAUAUCCACCAGAUGUCAACGAUACAAAAUCAUUUCCUGCAAUGCCGACAGACAACGCAGCUAAAGGAUUUCACGCCGUCGGUUCGGACGUUAAUAAUACGAAAAGUUUUCCCGUUAAUAAUAAUAAUAAUAAAGUAUUAAAUGUGGAGAAGACGAAUGUUAAAAACAGUACGGUGAGUGGUAAAGUGAGAAACGCGUCACCGAGUACGAGAAGCGCCCCCUCCAGAGGUACAUUUAACAAUAACAAUAGCAAUCUUAAUGUGAAAAGUGGUGUUAUGCAAAACUCUAUAGGUGUUGUUCAUAAUGAUAUACAAAACGAUUUGUCGAUACUCCAUUCAAAUGAAAAAGAAUCAAUCCAGUACAACGCUCAGAUGUUGCCCCCGAAUAUUCCCGACGUCCAGACUAUUGAGAAAAUGCAUUUCAUGAACUGCCAUCCACAGCAACAGCAACAACAGCCACCACAACAUAUACCUUCCCCGAUCGUCGUCAACACUCAACAACACAUCCCCCGCACGAACCACCCCCAUCCCGUCACUCAAUCGGAAUCAACUCAAACAUGCACUGAAGUUGUGACAUCACUACCUAGCAACAAAAAUAAAGUAGACUGUGAUAUAAGUGAUCGAACAAUGGUGAGCGAUAGCAAUAGUAGUAAGGGUGAGGGGGGCGGGGAGGACGAGCGGCCGCCUCCCGUGGUGAUUCUGAGCGGUAUAGGAAAUAAGGAAGUUACGGGUCUGGUGUUCGGAUUCGACGUGAACGAACAGUUAUUGCAAGAUGACGUUUGCAACAAUUUCGUAGCGAGGUUCGUAGCUCCCGAAGGAUACACGCACGUGUCGCAUAAUCAUGACAAAAUCGUCAACUUUAUUGGGUCAGCGUGGGAAGCCAUAAUCAAUCAGCCGAACGGUAAGGUCAAGUACUACAUGGAAGAAUCCUAAACGUGGAUAAAGUGAUAGUGUUGUACUUGUUUGAAUAAAAAAAAACCGUUAAAAUACUAGUCAAAUCACUGACAUUUCGUAGUUUAAACCCAAUAAAACUUGAAAUAAAUAAAACUUAGUGAAAUUUCGGAUACACGGAUACGGUAGCGAUGAGAAGUACUGUCUUUAUUAAAACACGCUGCUUGAACUGUAGAGAGCAGAUGAUGAAGAAGCAUGUCGUCUUCGGGAGCAAAGACAAAGUGUCAAAACAGGAAACCUCGAAUUUUCCAUGAUAACAAAGACUCGAUAGUUUCAGCAAUAUUACGAAAUAGUUAACGAGGGUGGCCUCGAGAUGUCCCUCUAGGACGAUUCUUAAAAACCAAACACACUUUACUAAUGUCACAAAAAACGAAAUAAAAUAUCAGGUUGUAGUGGUUAAAUUAUUUGUCCGAAAAUAUAUUGUCCGAAGUGCUUACAGUAAAAUGUAACAAUGUUGCAUGCAAAUAAUUAUAUUGCUUUGUUGAUUUUAUGAAAGCCUGGUCUAUCGCUAGGUAGUUUCGAUAACUGUUGUCUUUCAUCAAUUGUUUAUGUAGAAAAUAUUAGAAUAGUUGGUUAAUUAAAGCCUUAAAAAAUGAAAUGAAAGGUAUAUGAUUGUAAAUAAGGAAAAAUAAUCUAAUAAAAAAUUUUUGUCUUGGUAAAAGGUAUAUUAGUUUAAAAAGCCCCUAUAGGGCUACAGACAUAGAAACAAAACGUUUUCGGUCUCUAACAAGAGCAUCAUCAGUGUUACAAGAACAUGGUGAGCCAACCAAAAAAUACAAAUGUCAAAACCUUUCAACAACAGACUAAAAGUCUCAUAUAAAUGCAAACAUGGCAAAAUCCAAAGGGUGGAUAUAAUUCUUAUGGAUACGGCCCUAGCGCCGUAGUAUUUUAAUCUGUUGUUGAAAGGUUUUGACCUUUGUAUUUUUUGGUUGGCUCACCAUGUUCUUGUAACACUGAUGAUGCUCAUGUGCCAGAGCGAAAACGUUUUGUUUCUAUGUGGGUAGCCCUAUAGGGGUUUUUUAAACUGAUAUACCUUUUACAAAGACAAACAUUUUUUAUUAAAUUUUACUUGUAAUUAACGGAAAGGACAGGAAAUUCUUCCUUGUGGAAAAAUAAUCAAUCGAUUGGCAUGAUUCAUAAAUUAUUUUCAGCACAAAAGAAACGCACUUUUCCUUUUUUGAAUGUUGUUGGCAGGCCAGCUAAGAGCUUGUACCGUGAGCAGAUGCCGUUAAGUCAAAAUAUUUAUUUUGUGCUGACAAUAAUUUUAUUUAUUUUUUCCUAUUUACAAUCAUGUAUGUUUCAUUUCAUAUUUUUUUCGGCUUUAAUGUAUUAAGCAGCUAUUCCUACAGAAACAUCAAUUGUUCCUAAUUUAGUUUUGCUAUCACUUAGUUUUCCAAAGAUUUUUGUACAUUUUAAAUAAGAACAGUAAAAGAAACCUGCCCUCGGUUAUUCUUAAACAGUGUAAAUAAUUCAAAUGGGUUCUACCUCUUGUUAUUUUAUUAUUUUUAUAUAUUUUACAAUAUAUUACAUUAAAAAAUAAUAUAAAUUUUAUAAUAUUUAUAUCAUUGUUUUAUGUUUAGUUUGUCUCUUUCUACUUGUUAAUCUCAAAUCAUUAACAUAAUCGUAAUCUUUCAAUAGGGCUUUUCAUCGAUUGUCAUUUGUUUCGAGCUUAUGUCAUGUGUCACAUAAUAUUAAUAUAUCUACGUCAUACGUCUUUGGUUUGUAUCAUUGGUUUAUACCAAUAACGUACGACGUAGAUAUAUUAAUAUUAUGUGACACAUGACAGAAGCUCGAAACAAAUGACUGUGAAUGAAAAGCCCUAUACAACAAUGUGUUGACAUGGAGAAACAACAUAUACGCUUCAAUGUUUCCAAUCCCAACAAAUGCUAAGUAUGGUGAAGUUAAGUCGCGCAGAUUAUAUAGAUAUAUUAUAUAUUACAUAUAUCCAUAUAUUAUAUAUAUAGAUAUGGUGAAGUUUAGUAAAAGGACUCGUUUUGUGGCAUUUGCUAGAUAAAUGGUGGCAAUGAAUCAAUAGCAGAUGUAAAUCUAUCUGAAUAGCAGAGUUAAAUCUAUCUGAGGAGCAGGUAAUGUGAACACUUAGCAGUGACUUAAGCUUCAUAGGUACCUUUCUGAAGAAUUGCUGAGCUUCUGAUCGUUCCGCCGGUCGAAGGGGUCUUCUAAAUUCAGGCGAAGUAUGUCAUUUAUCACACCGUACCAUAAAUAACGUGUACUCUUCACUAUUAAUUAAUUAAUAUCCCACAAGUGAAACCUAUAAUCAAUCCCACAAGUGAAGAAAUUUGCUUUAUAUUCAAAUGUUAUUGCCAUGCUUAUGUAUGAAUAUUAAAAUUUAUCUUUAUUUUCAAUUAUCCGCUAAAUCUUUUUUGUGAGACGUAUUUGAAAUUGUCUGUAUUCCUUACCAAAGCUUUCCUAAAGAUCUUAUCAUAGAAGAGCUUUCUAAAGAGCUUUUUGGUCAGAUGUCAUCUUCUCCUUUACUCAUAUACAUCAUAUACAUGAAGUCUCAGAGUAGAAAUUGUCAAUUUCAAUUAUUUUUGAAAGAGUUUCAAUAGAAGUUUGAACCGCUGUUUUCUUUUUACUUGUUUAUGUUAUCAAGAUAUAAAAGAAUAAAUUAUAUAAUAUAUAUCGAUACCUUUGUCACUGAAUUUACUGCGCAUGUCCUGGUGCGCAGAAAUCAUAUUUCCGUGAAGUGUGGAGCAAAUGCGAAAAAUCCACAGUGAAGAAAAGUAGGAAAAUGUUUUAAAAAUUAACCAAAUAUACUAGAGGUUUGAGAUAUACACUAAGAUAGUAUUUAUAUUUGCCACGCAUCCCCAUAAAAAAAGAAUAAAAUAAAGUAAAAAAAUUUAUCAUUGUAUUUUUUACGUUUUCACGCUUUAUUUCUCUUUGCAUAUUGUUUAUUUUUAAAUAUUUUUUUGUAGAAUGGUCUGUAUCAUCAGUUAUUGUUCGAAACAAUAAUUUUCUAUAUUAUAAAAGUAAGUUUUUAGUUAUGUUCUGUUGAGUAUACCAUUAGAUUGAUCUCAAACGAUUCUUCAAUUUGCCACUUAGAACAUUAUUAAAUAAAACAAGCAAAUAAAUCACAUAUUUUUUUAUUAUUUCGUCUUAUUUCAUACUUGUACCUACCAAAAAAAUCAUUACUAACAAAUACUAUAAUAAUCAUGGCAUCCUUCUGGCUCAAGUCUGGAGUUAGAAUUUUCAGAUCGCCCAAGCGCCCCUAAUAUGACUUAACGACCACUUAAGUACUGACUGAUUGACUGACGGCUUUAUUUGCCUUCCGAAGCAUUGUGGCGGCUCAGUUAAAUUAGAAAUCAAAUUUCUGGUGUUAGUGCCAGGAAUCGAACACAGGCUCUUCAGCUUAGUAAGCCAGUACCUUAGUAAAUUAGUGAACUGAAGAUUUCUUGAGCUAUAUAAGUAGUGGAUGAUGCCAGUGGCGUAGCUAGCCCCACAGGGGCCCCAUAUCAAAGUUUGUAGCGGGACACUUUUCCACGACUGAUAUGGAAUGGUGCUAAAAAAUGUUCAACAAAAGAAGCAAAAACGCUUGUAUAGAAUAGAAUGGGAAUAUGCUUUGUUUUCACAGAAAAUUUUACAAUUUUAUGGACAAAGCUUACAAAGAUUUGAAAAAAAAAACAAUAACAAAUACAGUUUACUGAAAUUACAUAACUCGUUAAUAUUAUUACAAAAUAAAAGAUAAUAAAAUAAACCAAAACAAUCUAUUGCAAAAUUUAAAUAAUUUGCAAAUUACAUAAUACAACCUUAGGAACUAUGUAAUAAGUUCUGCAUAUAACAUCCAAAUAUAGAUAAUAAUAAUAAACCUAGUAAACUCUACAAAAAAUAGAUUUGAAUUGUUGAGACUCAUUGUUUAAAAACAGAUUCAAGUUUUUUCAAACCAAGGAUGUAUGGACAUUAAAAAUGAGCGUACACACAGAAGCUCUGUUCUUAUAGUAUAACGGCGAGCGGACGGCAAGUAGAUAUACCUAAAUACAAUUUAUAGAUAAAGAACAGAUUACACGAAAAUAUACCCAAACAAUACACACUGUUACAAAUAUUCAAAGGUAAAGGGAUCACAAAAAUUGCAAUUUGGCAUUAUACAUUGUACAAUGUCGCAUACAGCCAACAGUGAAUGGACAAUGAAAGGUAGCUUGAAAACAAAAAAAGCUAUGUUGUUACGGGAUAACGGCGAGCGGCAGAGAAUAUAAAAUAAAUAUAAUUUAUAGAUAGAUAAAGAAUCCAUUACACGAAAAUGUCGAUAACCAAACAAUAUACCUACACUGUGUUAAUAGUGAAAUAAUUGUUCAAUUUUUUUAAAUGGAAUUUUAUACAUAUCGACAUGCCACGUUGGGACCCUGAAUGUUGUGGGCCCCGUAUAAUUGAUACGGCGGUAGCUACGCCUCUGGGUGAUGGAGAUACAAACCAAGACAUAGUUUAGAAGAUUACCUAAUUUAUGGUUUCUGAACCUUUCAAGAAUCAUAAUUAAUUCUUAACCUAAGGCUCUCAAGCGAAUUGAGAGAAGGUAGCAUCUGGCCAUCUGGAGAUUGCAUCUGGCCAAUAAUGGAGCACAAUCAAGCAAUUUGUGUAGUUGAUCUAUUCAUCUGCUUCGAUAUAUGUAAUGACAAGAUAAAAGAUGGAAAGGUCUUUACUCAAAAUCGGUUUGUUGAAUGGUGUAAAAUGUGCACCUCAUCAUCAGGUGGUCAAGUACAAUCUAUUUAGUAGGUACAACAUAAAAUGUUUAUUAGUGAAGCAUUAAACUUGAUUGGAGGUGUCUUAAUAGUUUCAACAUUAUUCUAUAAACACACAGUUACAAGAUCAGUUAAGUUACUAUUAAAUUUUCCACGCAACAAUUUUUUCAGAUUUUUCUGAUUUUCUGGACAGAACUGGAUGGCAAAAUUAAUAAAAAGCCGAAAAAAGGUGUCACAUUUUUACCUUUACAUACAUUUUAAAUAUUUUCGAUUUUCCAAACAUAGUAUAUUUUUUCCAAAACCUUAUUUUUACCUUUUUCACAAAUUUUUAUUUCUAUCCGCUGGAAUUUUUUUGUGAUAUAUUUUCGUUGAUGUUCAGGCUAAAAUGUUAAAUUAUUUUUUCUGAAUUUUUCACAACGGUCUUAAGUGGGACAGGAUAAAUUUCUAGUUAUUAACAAUAUUCCAAAGACAUUCUGCAAUUAAUAUAAUUAUGACAAUAUUUUUUAGUUUUAUACACGGUUAGUACAAAGAAUAAUCAAAAAUAAGAGUAAAAAAAUUAUUAGCAAAUAUUAAUAUUAUUAUUUUAGAAUAUUUAGUAAUAUACCAUGCAUUUAGAAGCGAAAGAAGUAAAUCUGGCAUUACCUUCUGACUGUUAGAUCGUAAUUAUACUACAAAUCAACAUUACUCAUCAAAUUGCGUCCACUGCUGGACAUAUGCCUCCCUCAGUUUCUUCCAAUGUUCGCUAUACUGGGUCGCUUGUUCCCGCUACUCUUUACAACCGAUAAUAGGUAUUAAAAUGAUACUUUUUUAUACCUUUUAUACAUGAAAUCGUAUAAAAAAAAACACUCAAAAAUAAAGAAAAACGUUUAUUAAAAAGCAUUUUAAGCAGCAGGUCUUUACUAUUAAUUACAAAAAAAUAACAGCGUUUCUUAUGGUUAGACAAUCUAUGGUCAUCUCCUCGUGACAUUUAGAAAUUAAUAAAAUAUCAGAGGAAAACAUAGAAUAACCCUACAACUUGAUGUCUUAUAAAAAAAAUACGGCAGAAAUCCUAACCCUUUUUUAAGGACCGUCCGAGUAGUAACCCGGCAUUUCGGGGCCUUAAUAAUUUAUUAUUUAAUAAUUCAACUGCAUGUUGACACCAAAGUGUUACAAGAUAUCGUCAAAAAUAACUAUUUUUUUUUCUGUUAAAAAAGUGCUUGUGCUAUCAUGGCGCUACGUUGAGCCUGUGGUGCGGGAAUGUUUACGGAAUGAAAUUUUUUACGUUUUAUGUAAAAUUACAGAAUGUUCCGAACGAGCAUAGAAAUAUAUGUUUCAUUACUCUGUUUUGAAUUAUCAUUUGCGAAGAUCAAUAUACAGUGAGAGGCAAAAUUAUGGAAUAAAUUCAUUUUUUCAAGAAUGAGAGAUUUUGGAGAGAAAUUCCGAAACAGGUCGAUUUUUAUUUUUAAAUUAUGAUCUUUUGGCAUAUUAUUUAUCAUACUAGUGACGUCACCUAUCUGAGCGUUAUGACGUAAUCGAUAAUUUUUUUAAAAGAGAAUAGGGGUCGUCUGAUUCUCUAUUCAGUAAUAUAAAAAUUACCAUAAUUAUACAGGGUGGCAAAAAAAAUAAUUUUCGAAUUAAAUUAAUUCACACAAAAAGAAGAAUGUAUGUUAUUUAUUUAAUUCAAAAUACAUUUUAGUCAUAAAAUAGAAAAAAUGUUUAUUUUUAUAUGUUUAUUUGUUUAUUUCACAAGUAAACAUUGCUUUUCGCUUAAAUUCAAUGUUAAAGCUGCCAACCACUUGCCGCUUGGCAGUUUGACAUCUAAUUUAAGCGAGAAGCAAUGUUUAUUUGUCGUAUAAAUAUUUUUUUCUGUUUCUCUGACGUCAGUAAAAUGUUUUUUGAAGUAAAUAAAUCACACACAUUCUUCGUUUUGUGUGAAUGAAUUUAUUUAAAACGUUAUUUUUUGGCCACACUGUAUAAAUUAUUAUGGUAAUGUUUAUAUUACUGAAAAGAGAAUUGAAUAACCUUUCAAAUGAACUAUCACACGACCCCUACUAUUCUUAUUUAAAAAAUUAUCGAUUACGUCAUAACGCUCAGAUAGAUGACGUCAUUAGUAUGAUAUAUCUGCUAAAAAAUCAUAAUUUAAAAACAAAAAUCGAUCUGUUUUGGGAUUUCUCCAAAAUCUCCCAUUCUCGAAAAAAUGAAUUUAUUCCAUAAUUUUUCCCCUUACAUAUUAUUUUUACUUUUCAGAUGUAGGAAAAAUCACUACCUAUUUCUUAGCGGCAAGGUAACAUUAUUUUGUAUAAAAUGUUUGAUGAAGUUAAUCCAGAAUGAAUUUACACUUAAAAUUUUAUUACUCGGGUACAAACUAUUUUAUUGACAAAAUGAUAAUUGUCUUAAAAUUUGUAUUGGUAACCUCCUGGUGUUGGUAAAAGAUUUAAAAAUACUAUUAUUAAAAAUUGAGAUUUUGCACAAAACUUGUCAACGUCGCGAAUCGCUUCUGUAGUGAAAAUAUCCACAUAAACAGCUAAGCGGUUCUCGAUCAAUUGAGUGCUGUGUGCAGUAAUUUGAAAUUUGCUAGAACACACAGUAUGUUCAGGUCUAUUCAUAUUCUGGUUCAACUGUAGAUAGGUCUUUAAAAUCUCGUCUUGUCGAAUUCUUGUUACAUGAGACCCAAGCAAAGUAAGAAACGUGUGAUUGGAUUCCAGAACCCUUCUUUAAAUUACAAAAUAGCAAUUAGUAGGAUUUAAUUUAAUUCUGGCAGCUGUCAUCUCUCCCCUACAGAGCUCCAUAACCGUUACCAGGUUCAGAUCAAUCCUACAAAAGAUAUAAGUUCUUAUUUUAGUGUCUGGUACUCCCAAAAUUAGUUCCCAUCCCUUAACAUUUAGUCCCUUUAUCUCACCUUCAUUUAUCCACGGUCCUUGAAUAAACACCAUGCCAAUGUUCUUCUCAGCUAUUUUCUGGCACAAUAGGACUGUUGCUGUUUUUUUGUGCUGCGCAUUGAUCUGCGCAAUCAUAAAUUUGCAGUUUGUUCAUUUUUAGCAUAUAUUUUUGUAAUUUUUUCCACCUGCAUAGAUUUCUCUUCUGCCUUCUGCACUUUCAAAGUAAUGGUGUAGGCUUUGAUUCCCCCAAUGUGUCCCGCCUCUUUUGUUUUGCUUUCUUCCAACGACAUAAUGCUAGCUCGCUGGAAAAGCGAAGGUAAUUAAAGCCUUUUGAGCUCGUCCUCUGACUCCGUAUCAACCCAGAGACUCGCAUGCAGUCCUCCGACAGCUGUUGGUUUAGAACCCAACAUCGCCCAACGAUUGUUCUUGGGUCCAGGACUUUGUUUUCCAAUUCGUGAAAAUGGAACCUUUAGAUCCUCGUUUUUAGUCUCUGGAAGGUACAUCAGGACGCGCAUGAAUUUUGGGAGUUCUUCAGCCUUAAAGACCUUCCACUCAGUAUUUUCUUCCAAAAAGUAGUCUUAAAGGACUCAUAGUCAGCACAUAUCAACCCAUAGUACCCAUUCAUGAGUCGGUCUUCGCAACCGAGGUGCGCAAAGAACCUUUAGUUAGAGCACCUUUUAUUGCCCCAAUGUCAUUUUAAAACACAUAAAUAUCUGGGUAUUCUUCGAGAAUGACUGCAGUUUUUAUCCCAGUACGAGCAGAUUUGUAGUUGCCGCUGAACCUUUUAGAAGAGGCAUCAGCAGUUCUGCUGCUUUUUGUUAAUUUCUCCUCAGGAGGGCUUCUUCUAUCAGACACAGAUUUUUUAACAGCAUGUGGUAUUUCAGAAUUGUCUAGAGUCUAGAGCCUUUCCUAAAGUCUAAAGCAACCUCCUCUGUGCCCCAGAUAUUUUUGGCUGAGAAACCUCAAGCCUCUUGGUAUCUUCCAAAAGAGUCCGCAAAGGACUUCUUUUAAAUGUUCUUAACAAUUUUUGAUAUGGUGGACUACAACUACAGAUGUUGCUUUAUUUCAAUCUUUUUGGAAUGACCAAUAGUUCGAAUUCUUUUCUAUUUAUUUCCUUUGUAUAGAAAUACAUACUAAUCAUUUUUCUUUUUUUUUAUAACAAGCUCUUUCUGUAUUAUUUCUUUAUUAUUCUUUUAUAUUUUUAUUGUCACUUAUGAUCACAUCCAUUGAAUAUAUUUUCCAUGUGAGUUACAGUUUCAAAACCUGCUGCAGUUUUACUGAAACCAACCAAUGCUUAAUUCUUGUAGCCAAAAAUAUAAUGGUAAAUGAACUGUGCAUAGCUGUGUUAAUAAAUUUAAUAAUUUUAAUACACAAAUUGGGAAAUAUGUAUCAUUCGUACAUAUCUAUAUGUCCAUCAAAAGUCUCUUAAAUAAAAAAAAACAUAGAUUUUUAUACACCGGAACAUUCUGUAUAUAAUGAUAGAGGCUGUUGUUAUAUUCGAUGUAUCAUUUAACAGGGUAAGGGUGCACUAAAUUCAAAAAUAAAAUUUAAUUGUCACAUCCAAACCUGUAUCCUAUGUAUUUUAAUUUUUAAAUAUAUUUUAGGAAUGAUCAUGUAAAAAGUGACUGAUUGUUUAGUGAUAUGAAGAAAAAGCAGUUCCAACUAGAAAACCAUCGUAUGUGGGGAGUUUUCUUAAAAACAACCGUGUUAUGCCAUAAGAAAAGAUUUUUGAUAAGUAUGUGGAUGUUUUGGAAAAAUUUUCUUUUACAUUUUUGCUUUCAUUGGUAUUUAAAAUGUUAUACUAGUCCAGCGUGUGUCAGUAUGUGCGUGUUUAUGUUUAUUUAUCAAGGAUUAAUACAUUAUGUAAGUUUUUGUACCAUCCAUUCUGUGGCUUCACAGCAAAAUUCAAGUCCUAGCCUCCCUCAGCAAACCUAUCGAUUCGUUCCUGUAUUUAGCCAUUUUUCUCCAAGAUACGUUAUCCAUGGCUUAGUGUGAAAACCUCAUAUCUCAUUUUACAGAAAAUUUUACAUGAGUGACUUUAAACUGAAUUUCUGCAUACUCUAACCCAAAAUAUAUAUGAAAAAUGUAUGUGUGACGAUCUAAACGUACUCAGAAUCAAAAAUGUGUAAAGAUAGUUUUUUUGAAGUUAUACUUCUUUACGAUUGAGAGUGAAAUUUUAUAAUUCUGGGCGCAUGCGCACACAGACAGUAUGUAGUUCGUUGCUAAUCUUUAAAGUUAUGUAUGAAUCAGCGCAAAUAAGUCAUUAAAAGAAUAUAUUAGUGUUUUUAGUAAAUGUAUUAUUUAUUAUUAUUUUUGUCUUUGGAUUUGUCUUCCUCGGGAGUAAGAUAAUAAAAUAUCUAUUAUAACAUUUUUAUACUUCACUUGAUGUAUUUGUCACCGUGAUGUGUAAUUAUAUCCGAGACGUCACGUAGACGGGGCUUGAUAGCUUGGUUGGUAGAGCAUUGGACCAGAGAUCGAGAGGUCCAGGGUUCAAAUCCCGGACGAUUCAUGUUCUUUUUUUUUAAUUUUUGGUAUUGUUUUAAUAAAAGAUUUUUGAAAGUGGUAGGUAAGAAAGUUAGUUUAAUAUUUAAAUAAAAUACAAAUAAACUGUUAAUUAUAUUUAUUUCGUUGAAAUUAUAUAAUAGAAGUAUAACUUCUUACGUGCGUACAAAGUACACACACAUUCUUUUUGUUUUAAGUUAUAGCUUGCAGAAAUUAAGUUUAAAGUCUCUCCUGUAAAAUUUUCUGUGAAAUGAGAUACGAGGUUUUCACACUAAGCUAUCGUUAUGGUUUUUCAUGGGAAGAAAAUAAGAAUGUGAUUUCGAAGUUGAGUCAUGACAACCGCGUUUAGGCUUUUUCGCCUCUUCACGAAAAGGGGAUAGAAGACAUUUUGGAACUGGGAUAUUUGGCUGAAAAGAGAAGUCGUUUCGGCAGUCACAGUAAACACCGGUCGCAUCACCGCUACCACCAUCAGACGAGCUCUUCAUUUUUCUGGGUUUUUGCAAAAUGGUUCUUUUCAGAUUUUUGUCUUUUUUUGUAAGCCCAACAAGGGGUCAACAGUUUCCUUAUUGGUAAUUUUAGGAUAUCUUCUGGUCCAAUCUUCAGUUGACCUGUGCAUUAAUUCCUCAUAACUUAGCACAUUGCAACAGCAUAUGAUGUGUAUGGCAGUCUCUUCUUCACGUUAUUUUGUGCACCAUGGUUCAUUCACCUUCCCGAGUUUGUAUAGCUGUUUUCUUAAACGACAGUGUCCAGUUAUCAUUUUGGUGACAAUUUUAAUCUCUCUUUCAUCAAAUUCUCCGACAGUUUUUAUCAAUGAUUUAUGAAUAACCAAAUAAUGCCCUUGAAUAGCUCUCCACUUCUUUUGAUGAUUCCUUAUCAGCCACUUCCGAACCUCUUUUGUUUGGAACCUCUUUUUUUUUGUUGCCUCUUUGGUGAUGGUACAGAAUGGUUCUGGACCUACAACAGUUUCUUUUGAACUUUUUUUGCCAACAAACCUGCGCGUUCAUUUCCAUGCACCCCUUCAUGACUCGUCACCCAGAUUAAAGACACUUUAUUAUCUUUUGCCAGGUUGUUGAGGAGAUCUUUACAGUUCCUCGCCAGUUUUGAUUCAGUGAGUGGGUUUAUUACUCCAAAAAUAUCCGCUUGGCUAUCUGUAUAAAUGCUGAUUCUCUUUGUUUUGGAGUAUCCAUCCAUAAUUUCCUCAUGUAUUAUAAUUACAUACUUCUUCGAAGAAGAAUCGGUCUCUUUACUUACUGAAGAAGUAUCGGUCGACCGUGCAAAGGUGGUGUGACAACCUUCCAUAGAGGUAUCUCUCUGCCAAUGAACUAGCAGUAUUGCUUAGAGGAAGAAGAUUAUAAUUACAUGUCCGCCCAAAGACUCUUGAUACAGUUCCAUGGACAGUUGAUUCUGUCCAUAUUCUACAUAUACAGGGUGUUCCCGAAAAUAGUGCGUUCCUUUAAGGUAUGGAUAUAAUAUACAAUGUAGAACAAAAAACUCCUUCUUUUCUCAAGUUAACCGUUCCAAAAAAAAAAAAAAUACAUUGUUCGCCAUAUAAGCGAACUUUUAUUUUCAUAAAAUAACUAAUUUGGCAUCACUGCACAAGAAUUGUUUGUAAUUUAGUUUAGUUUAUUGACACCACAAAUGUAGGUCAGACAGGCACACCUGCAAAAUAAUUGAUACUUAUGGCUAAAAUGCUGCAACUAUUUUUGAAUUGUGAUUGUCUAUGUUUAGAUUUUUGUAUAAAUAGUUGUCAUAUUUCAAUUUGCAUACCUAAAUGUAUUUUGGUUUUUUAGCCAAACAGUUGCAUUUAGAAAAAAAUGUUAAUAAGACUUUUUUGCUCUACAUGGUGCCUUCUACCUAUACAUUUAAGGAACGCACUAUUUUCGGGGACACCCUGUAUUUAGUCGUCUGGAUUUUGCAGCUUUACAUCUACAUUUGGAAGUCCGAGGCCUUUGACGCUAUGGAUAGUUUUGAUUAUGGCUAUUUCAAUUCGUCUUCUGAUUUCUUUUGCGUUUCACUUCUUCCCUAUUUAUUUAUACGCGUCUUAAAACAUAUUGUCAAAAAUAAGGCAGUGUGUGGCUAAAAAUCAUGAAAUGUAUGGAGAUGACUCCAACAAGUACGAUAUAGUUUGGAACUGCUUCUAAGUUACAUAGCGGAAGUGAUAGAGUGUAUAAAAAUUUCUUUCCUAGGACAAUUGUAUGAAAGGUACUCUUUUCGGAAUAGACGUUGUAGGAUAAAUACUUAUUUUUUGACGGUGAUAAUAUUUUAUAGUUUCUUUUCCUCUUUUUGUUAAAAAUAAAAUAAACAAAACCAUAUAAAUAUGUAAAAAAUGUGUAAUAGGAAAAAAAUAUAUAUGUAACGAUGUGUGUAUGCUUUUUUCUUUACGAGAAUAUGCCGGUGUCACUUUUUAUGAUUGCACAAAAAGUGAUGUUCGCUGUAUUUGGAUACAUAAAGAAAAGUUUUAUAUAUAAUCUAGAUGGUUUUAUUUUUUUAAUUCAGUGUGUUUCUGUUAGAAAUUUUUCACCAACUUUAACAAGACACUACUACAACAGUGUGUAACUUGUCUUAUUUUAAAUAAAAUUGACCAAAAACGUCAUUGUACAAUAAUAUCAGAUGGACUAUUAUAGACGUGAUCACACAUGAGGUGGGAUAAGCUUAAAAACAUUACAAAGAAAUUCAUAACAAAAAAAAAUGCAAAUUUCCGCUUCGUCGUGAAUAUUUCCAAUAGGAAGGAGUAAUAAUUUUUCAUAUAGAUCUCAUAAAGGCACGCUCCAACCGGUCGAGCUGUUCUGCUCCGCGUCGCUCUGCUCGGAGCAGAACUACAAUGCGCGGCGCAAGUCUGUGCAUGUGCUUCUUCUCGUAGCACUACAACCCAGGGUGGCUAACAACUCGCUUCCAUCUUGAUCGGUCGUCUGUGACAGGAGUCAGUGGGUGACCCAUUGUUUUUAAAUCUAUGUUAAACCAUAUGUUAUGUCUCCAUCGCAUACAGAGACGUUUAAUGACCUUCUUCCUGUCGGGGCUUCAUUCCAGGUUAACUUGGUAAGGCGGUUAUUAGGGAGUAUAUGAACAUGGCCAGCCCUUAGACGUUAGGAUUUAAUCUCUUGGACUACGUCGUUAUCCCUAUACAUCUGUUUGACUUCGGGAUUUGUUCUAAUUCGGUAUUGGUUCGGGUCGUGGUAGGGUCCAAAGAUUCUUCCGAGGAUUUUCACUGGAUAUUACUUUAAAAAGAAAGAACCGGUUAAAACCAGAACAGAUAAACCGGAAAAUUGAUUAUUGCGGAGUAAAAAACCGGUUUUAGGUUAUUACCGGUAGUUUCCAAUUCCUAGUGCGAUCAUGGGAUUCCGGAUGAAAGACCAGCAAUCAUAUUGUACACUUAAAAAAAUGCCACAAAUUAUGUAAUUUCUAUCAUUUUUUUGGCGGAUUACAAAUAUUUCAAAGUUUUUUACGAAUUUUGUUGUAAUUAGUUUUCAUAAAACGCCAGUGAUAGAUGAACGCCGGGACUCGAUUAUGGAGCAUGAACUUGAUUAUGGAUUAUGAAACAAUUGUUCAUUAUCGUUUAAUAAUAUUAACAUCGAAGAGUUAGUUGCUAUACUUUGUUUCACGUUAAGAAUAGAACGUUACGCUUACAGAGAUCAGUGUUGCCAAACCUCUCGCGCACGGGUGGAUACUCGACUGCCGAUAUACGAUUCAUUCUAGUCUAUACGGCGUGGCAUCGGCGCGCUUCUAUCGUCCAUAAGAAAUAAUUGGGGCUAUCUCCGCAAUGUUCUAUUAUUAACGUGAAACGCUCUAUAGUUAAUAACUUGAUGUCUUGAGACCUACUGAUCUUAAAAUUUGAAGAAAGGGAAAUAAGCAACUUUAAAAUAUACCACAAUAGAUAUAUGGAUUAAAUGAGGUGGCUUUUUUUCCUAUUCCAGUGAGACCUUUUCAGAUCUAUUGUGGUGCUCUAGCUUUAUAUUACAUUCUCUAGCCUGGCCCUUUUUAAAAGGUCUAACAACUUCGAGACUGGACCUUUCAUAAAGCUCUUUGCCAGUGGCUUUUCUUCGCCUAAUGCAAAGAACCAUUCCAGGCUGUCAAACUGACAUAAAAUGUGCUCUGUUGUUUCUACUUCUAGCUGACAGAAUGUGCAUAGGUCAUCACCGGCCAAUACCAUCAGCUUCAACUGCCUGUUCGGCUUACAGUAUGGCUUUGACUGUUUUCUUGUCUUUGCUUAUUGAGUCUGCCGUAAAUUUUGGCGAAUGUUCUGCAAUGAACUGUUUCGUAUGUGUCUUUGUCCUGAUAAAUUCCUCCAUCAUUUUAAAGAUUUGUGAGUUAUCAACUUUCUUUUAGCCGUUCUUAUUACUGCCUUUGCAACUACUAUAAUAGAAACAUAAUUUAAAAAUUUCAUAAUGACUUAUCUACGAAAGUAUCCUUUGGAUAAAAGUUCCAGUAAGAUAAGCCAAUGUUCCAAUAUGUGUAUAAAAAACAAUGCUAUAACUCCUCUUAGCAGAUGUUUAAGACUAUGCCACAAUUGUCGAAGCAACACCUAUGUGUCACUGUUAAGAUUAAAGAUAAACAAAUUAAUUGCGCUCGCAGAGCCUUAGUCAGUGAUAAAUUAUCAGAAAAUCGCAUGCGCACUUUAAAAUAAUAUAAAUAAUACCGUUAAUAGAUAAAUAUACGAGGUAUAUUUACUAUUAAUUAAUAUUAAUAAUUAAUUAUUCAAAUUAAUAGUAAAUAUACCUGGUAUAUGUAUCUAUUAACGGUAUUAUUUAUAUUAAGUGAAGUUGGGAGUUGACAGGGACUAGUACUAGUCCCUGACUACUCUGCGAACGCACUUAUUAUUUCCUUUCUUGUUUAAAAAAUAUACAAGAUCCAUUCCUUGUGUGCUAUCACAAUUUAAUAGUUUGUAAAUAAUGCUUUACAUUUAAAACAAAUUUGUUAUUUGUUUAACAAUUGUAAAGUUCUUGUGUCAGUUUUAAAUAAAUUAGACAUUAUUAUUUGUUUUGAAUAAGUGUACCUCAGCAUUAAACAUAUCAAUUUUGUUAAAAUUUUUGCUAUUGUUUCAAUUUAUCUGUGAUUAAAAUAUAUGGUUUAAAAUUAUAUAUUUUUUUUUGUAAUACUCUUAGCACCUUUUGAAUUUUGGUGUUUGUAAACCAGUUUUUUACUGUAGAAGUUAAAAUGAAAAAUAUGUUAGUAAACCAGUCACCCAAUAUCGACAAUAAAGUGCCAUUUUUAUACAAUUUAUGUUUCAAACUCCUGGAGAAUCCCAAUAUGAAUAUAACAUAACCUAAAAUAACCUUACUGUAGUUAUGUUCUCUUUCUGUCUAUACGUUGGACUUGUCUCAUUGUUUUUCUUGGAUAUUAGUUGUUUUUAACCUCAUUCCGAAAUCUGGCGAUGGUAUUUAAGGAUGUAUAUAAAUAUAAGUCUGUUUUGGCAUCAGCUGCGAACAUCUUUUGGUCCUGAACUCGAAUUUUUUGUAAACCUUUGUUCAAUUUUAAGGUUCUGUUAACACGUUGGCUGCCGUAAUGUUAAAAAAAGUGGGUCCCUACGGUCACGAGCCUCCCGUUUCUAUGUUUUUGAGAUAACUACGGUGUGUCACGCGGCUACUAUCAACAACAACAUGAGACACAACAUUUCUGUCUCACGGCAGCCAACGUGUUAAAUGUGAUCAUUGUUUCCAUUAAUCGAUGUUUCGUCUCUUUCACUGGGUUUAUACCACCAUUUAUGUUGCUAUUUGUGAGAAGACUUUCACUGUUUUCUUCUUAUUUUUCAUACCGUAUAUGUGUAUUUUAUUUUAUUAAUAUUGUUAUUAAAUCGGCUCGUUAUGUUUUUCCGACCGGUUAUUCUCAUCAAAAUUUUGAACAACAUGAUCAACUCAAAAUCAGCUCAAAAAUUAGUUAAAAAUACAAAUUUUCUGUACUUUCCAAUGUCAUCAUCAUCAUCAUCAUCAUGGUGCUAUAGCCCUUAAAGAACCUCGAUCUUCUCUAGCUUUCUGCCUCUUGCUUGGAUUUUCCAGUUAGCAACAUCGAUCUUCUCAGCAUCGGGUGCUAUCCUGCCUAUCCACCUCAGGUUUGGUCUACCCCAUCUUCUCAUUCCCACCGGUUGCGCAAUUAGAAUGUAUAAAUAGUACUUUCCAAUGUAUAGUAAUUUAAUAGUACCAGUCCUUUGUAUGGUCCCAACAAAUCAAUCUUACUAAAUUAUUUCAUUUUAUUAAAGAUAAAUAUUUAACGAUAUCUGGUGACAUAGUUUUACAUUGAUCUAUAUUAGCUAAAUUGAUGUUAAUCUGUCAAAGCUUUAAUGAGUUGACAAUACUGAAAAAAAAAACAGAAACAUACUGCAAAAGCUUUCUUUGAGCAUAAAAUAGAUAUCACUGUUAAAGCUAGAACUUUAACUAUGUUUAUUUAUUGAUUAUAAAUAAUUAGCUACAUGGAAUAGUCCCAGUGUUAUGCAACUUGAUCCACGGUCCUCAAAUUGCAUCAACUUUGAGAACUGUUAACUCUUUGUUGUCUUAUUAGUUCUAUGCAAUAUUUGAAUAAAAAAUAUCAUUUUUAUUUCGGUUGUAUAUGUCAUCUCGUUUUCAAUUUGUAGUAUAUCUGUGCUGUAUCAAUUGUUUAAAUUGUCAAAGUAACUAAAUGUCACUUCAAUUGUCAAAUGUAACUUCCGAUUUUUGAUUCAUAGUGUAUUUGUUUUGUAGCAUGUACGUGUAAUAUACUUCCAGGGAUUCAAUCUGUUUCAUGUGAUGUCUCCAUGUUCUAAUGUGAGACCGUAUUCUUUCAGGUUAUCAUAUAUUCCGUUCUUCCUGUUUUAUUCCCAUUCACUUUUUUUUAUAUUCCAUCUCUCUAGUCAUUUCCAUUGUAUUACUACUGUAUCUACUGUAUUAUCUAGUAUAGUAAUAUAAUUCUAACUUAACUGACGUAUGUCAACUGUCAAUGUGAGAAGUUUAUAUGUAGAAACAUAAUUUUCCUAGAUAUGUAAUUUGAACUGUAGAAAGAAUUUUAUAUUUAAAUAUUGCGUAAAACUAUCACGACACAAAGAAUUAUUAUGUAAAAUAGUUGUAUUAUGAAUUAUAAAUGAAAAAAAGGCUAAGUCAUUUUUUAGUUUUUUAAAUAAUACGGCUGAAAUAGUUAUUUUUGAAAAUUUAGACAGAUCUAGGUGGACCUAUUGCUAGAUUUUAUAUAUACAGGUAUUUUUUUCAAAUUGUAAAUUGUUAAAAUAUCACAUUGUUGAUUCAUUUACUUCUAUAGAUAUCAAGGCUUAUUGUUAAUGAACAUUUGUAAUGUGUUAAAGAGAAAAUUGAGUGGUAUAUGAACAGGUUCUUUCAAUUUAAAGAAAUUUUAUAGGAUAUUCUCAUGAUCAAAGUACUUAUGUCGACGAUAAGAGACUUUGGUUCGCUAUAAAGACUGAAUAGAAGAAGGCUCACCGCUGUAUGCUGCAUGUAAUUUCUAUUUUCAUCUUUCUUGUUACUUUUCUAAUCUUUAGUAUUGUUUUCCUUUAUUGGAUGUGCUCUUAAAUGCUUCCAACCUUGUAGAGACCUUGAGAGUCAUAAAGAUGGAUUACUCAAGUAGAUCUGUAAGAGGAAGAUUCCUGGGAUAGCCUCUAACGAUGCUGAUUCUGUACUAUUCAAAGCUCCUGUUAUAUUUAGAAGUACUUGUCUUUGUAGGAUAGUGAGACAAGAAUACAUUCCCCGUCCUUAUCAAUAUUUCUCUUAUCAGUAAAAGAACUGAUUGGAUUAGGACUUCUUUUAUGACUAUGUUUCUAUUACUUAUCCCGUAAAAAAUCUAUCAGGUUCCAUCUCUUUUUUUUUUUCACUACUUUAUAUCGUUUGAGUUUAGCAUUUAUUUGAACCAAAUUUUCACCAUUUUUAAUUCCUGGGCCUGCCUCAUGUUGAAUGUCUUUUAGAAAUCGGUAUAUCUCUUGUGUCGAAUAUAUAAUUCUGGACUUUAUAACUGUAAUAACUCAUUUUUGCUUACAAAUCAUGAGAUGGUGUAUAAAAAGCUUCAUAUAAAAAAGGAAAAUUAUAAUCAUUGGUAGUUGUUAGAAUUUUGAAAAUAUACAGGGUAUUGCACUUCAAUUUUCUCGAAAUUUAUUGCUGUUUCUGGUACAAGGUGCAUUAAUGGUACAGCAUUCAGAAAUAUCGACAAUGAUUUGAACUGGCAAAUAAAAAACAAUCAAAAAUUGAAUUUUGUGAUGGUACCUCAGUAAUUCUUAAUUUGAGAUGACUAAUAAUGUACAAGUUCAUAAUAAAUUUGUAUUCAAUUGACUAAAAAUAGUGAAUUUUAGAAUCUUUUUAUGUACUAUCGAAAUUAUUGUAUUUAUACCAAUAUAAGCAUAUUAACUACAUAUCCGUUUGCUGCAGAAACUUCAAAACUUCCCAACAAAAAUGGUGUAUAAGAAACGUCAUAAUAAUUAUUUUUUAUGAUAAUUUAUUGCAGUGUAAUAACAACGAAAAUGUAGCAUAGUUAGGCACGAUUAUCACUUUCGCUGUCACUCAUUUAUUAGUUACUUUAGUAUUGAGCCAAUACUAAAAGAAUCUAUUAAAUUUAACGGUUUUUGAAAAGCCAAAAGGCGAUAUUGGCACCUGACUCGAGACAAAACGCCUUUUGGCGACAGUGGCUUCUGACUCCACAAGCAAAAUGCCUUUUGGCGACAGAUGGCAGCGAAAUGCGCAUGACCGAUCGCUCUGAUAACUCGGUACCUUUCAUUGAUACUCAGAUAUGUGUAAUAAUUCUUCCAGUACAAACUUGAAAUUGGUUUCAAAAUAUUAUAUACUAGAGGGAACUAAAAAUAAAUUGAAUAUUUUUCAUAUUUUUACGAUUAAUCAUUAAAUUUGUUACGCUGACUACAUUGGCAAGAGAAGUUAAUUAUAUUAUAUACUCAUAGAUGUGGCCACAUGACAUGUGGUAAAAACUUAGUUAUGUAUAACUAUACUUCAGUGCAGUGUUGCCAUUGGUGAUAAACCAUAUUAACCUGGAAUGAGUAAUCAAAGAUGGCUUCUUUAACCGUAGCAACAUGUAUGGUUAAGAGGCCCAGAAAUAAAGAAAGCAAAUAAACGUACAUGUAAGGGAUGUAUACUGAGGUUUAUAAAUCUACGAAAAUAAAAAGAAAACAGAUAUUGUGAGCCAAAACCAUUCUUAACGCACCUUGUAUGUUUGAACUACUAUCCUCGAAGCCUUGAUGUAGCGAGAUAUGACUAAUUUGUAAAAAGUUGUUGUUUAUUUUGUUGUUUUUUAUUUAGCUUGAGUUAUUUUUUAUUUUAGUCUAUUUUGUAAUAAUAAAACUUUAAGAUCUUGAAGUAUACUCCUUGCGGGACAUUUAUUAGAUUUAGUGUGUGUAUAAUUUUGUACUAAAAGUAAAAAAUGUUUAUUAUAUUUAAGAGAAAAUCAAAUAUCGUGGCAAUAAUGAAUAUUUAUCGAAAACUUAUAAACAAAAGAAAUGUCGAUGAUCACUGUAACCCUCUAAAUUUUGUAGUUAGAUAAGGAAACUGAAAAUCAUUGCCUGUUAAAGUUGGUUUACGAUUUGAGAUUGUUUACAACUUUUGACUUUAUUAUGAAGGUAUACUGAAUUCGCUCAGCCGAGAUUCAUCUUAACACAUUCGGAAUAGGAAACAUACAGCACAAAAAUUCUUACCUCACACUAUUAACUGCUCAAAUCAACUUUAUCUUUCAUUAAAAAAAGAAGAAUUAUUGGAAAUAGUGGAAAUGUAUACUAGACCCAUAAAAUUUUGUGGAACUUAUUUCUACAAAAUAUUUUUAUUUUGAACAAUAAAUAAUUUUCUCAUUUAUUGUUAUCAAUACAUUAAAAUGGUGUAAAUAAAUAUUUAUUGAUUAUUAAUGUCUGUGUACUCUUAAUAAAAUUGGUUAUGAGCAGGUAUGGUUGGUUGUGUAGUAAUUUUCAGUCACGUCUAGCCACCUAACUUGCUAAAAAAGAAAUUACCAACGUCACUAGCGUCUGGGCUAAGCGAAUUCAGUAUAACAGGUAAUGUCUUUAAAUAAACGAUGAUUUCUUCGGAUAUUAUAUCACUUGCCGCUUUGUGGCAACAACUCUGCGUGUUUCGUAUACAGAAUAAGCCAAAUGAUAACGGGACAUAUGCAGUUAACACAGUUUAUCGGAACUACAUUUGAAAUAGUCGACCAAUAUAAAACUUCGACACACAUAAAUCAUAGCAACGUUAAGAACGGCAUGUAUAAAAUGUCGUUCAACUACCUAUCGAUAUGCGACACGCGACCGGUUACUUUCGACUUGGCUCAUGGCCUCACUCGUAAAAGGAGACAGGUUCUAGUUGAACGAUAUUUUAUACAUGCCCAUUGUAACGUUGCUAUGAUUUAUGUGUGUCGAAUUUUUAUAUUGGUCGUUUAUUUCAAAUGUAGUUCCGAUACAAUGUGUUAACUGCGUAUGUCCCGUUUUUAUUGGGCUUAUUCUGUAUAUAGUUAUAACUGAAGAAUAUUUUUAAAAACCACAUUGUUUGACAGAGUUUAAAUUUAACAGAUUUGCUAUCAGACUAUACUGAUCUACAUGCGCGUUUGUAAAAUCUCAUUCCUUUGAGCGUGGGACUCCGCGUAUAUAAUCUCUGAUAGAUGCCCUAUUUGGAGUAUACAAAUUUCGUUUAAAAUUUCACUCAAUUCCUUUAUUUAUUUUUCAAAUCGAAAUAAUAGAUAUAUGUUAGUAUUUUUUAACUGAAACUUUUUUCUUUUGUGUACAUUCUUCUGGUUAAACACUGUGUUAAGUAGAAAAAUGAUUUUUUAAUCGGUUCAGUUGUUACAUUUUUAAAGAUUAUUUACACAAAAUAAAUACUUGCUUUCUAAAUAUAUACAUUAUUUAUUCA